AUGGCUUCUAUCACUACAAUUGAAACAAUAGACCUCCGUCCCCUACCAAUUGUCGCACUCCCGUCACAAGGCUCGAAAGACACCCCUAGGCUUCCUUACAACUCUUCCGGACGUCGCGAGAUAGACACCUCUGAAAUCCCCCAAGAACAUGUUUUGGUCAAUAGUGGCCCGGAAAGGCGAGCCUUAUCCAACUUUCAACUGGUUAUGACGAUCCUCCAACCAUCGGUCAUCAACUUCUUCGGAAGUUUUACAUCAGGAAUGCUGACAGUUGGUCUUCCGGUUAUUGCAUCAUCUACGUCCCUCCCACGCUCACUAUACCUCUGGCCGUCUUCAGUCUACAGUCUUACUUCUGGAGCUGGUCUUCUGAUUGCUGGUUCGAUGACCGAUAUCAUUGGUGCGCGUCAUAUCGAGGUAUGCGGCAUCUUUCUUAUUGGUAUCUUUGUGAUCGCAUGUGGCUUCGCCAAAACUGGAGUUCAGCUCGUUGUGUUUCGCGCCUUCCAAGGCAUAGCUUUGGCCCUGCAUAUUCCCGCCUCUGUCUCGAUCAUUGCAACUGCAGUGCCAGCUGGCAGAGCACGCAAUAUCGGCUUCGGUUGCUUAGGCCUGAGCCAGCCACUGGGGUUCUCGUUCGGAAUGGUGGUCAGUGGCAUCAUGGUUGAGAGAAUUGGAUGGAGAACUGGCUUCUAUCUAUCAGGUGCUAGUAUUCUGGGCGUUGCCGUCGCAUCUUGGUUUACCCUGCCUAGGGCUACGGGCGGCACUGAAUCUCCAGCACCGGGAACUUUGGUAAAAAAGCUUGUCAAAGAGAUUGACUGGGUCGGGGGCACUAUCGCCAGCGGCGGAUUGGCGUUGUUAUCCUAUGUAUUGGCAAUGGUAAGUGCCGAUUUGUACGUUAUUCGAUCAGCGACGACUGCUUCCCUGCUUGCUGUCAGUAUCGUGCUCCUUGUCGCAUUCCCUCUCUGGAUGCGACAUCGGGAACGUAAAGGGCGAAGCGCACUCGUUCCAAAUUCUUUAUGGAAGAAUUUGCCAUUCGCGAGCAUCUGUAUGCUCGUCGCCCUGGCUUAUGGCGCAAUGAAUACCAUGGAAAUAUUCUGCAGCUUGUAUUUUCAAGAAGUACAGCAUCAAUCGAUGCUCAUCACCUCCCUUUAUCUCCUCCCUAAUCUCUUGAUUGGCGUUUGUAUCAAUCUGAGCGUCGGCAUCUUCGUCGAUAGGCUACCUGCAGGCUGGCUCGUAAUAGGGUCAACACUACUGGCUGCUCUGGCGCCUCUCAUGAUGGCAUUGGUCAAUCCUGAGUGGAAGUACUACUACGUCGAGCUCUGGGCGCAGAUGCUUGCUGCCCUCAGCCCGAAUGUACUCUACACAGUAGGCCUCAUCAUUAUGAGUGAUAACUUCCCCGAGCAGACCACAGGUCUUGCAGGCGCUGUAUUUAGUACAGUCUCGCAAUUUGGAACAAGCCUGUCUGUAGGAGUAUGCCAGGUAGUGUCUCUACGAGUCAUGGGGUCGAGCCGCAAAACCAGCGGUAAUGCCGGCAGUGAGACUUCGGAGGUUCCAGGCGACAUAUUAAAUGGGUACCGGGCUAGUUUCUGGACAAUGUUUGCUUCAAUGAUGUGUUGUAUUGUCAUAGCUAUUGUAGGCCUACGAAGAACUGGAAAGGUAGGGUUGAAGAAGGACUAAAGCUACGGAAGAAGCCCACUUUUGGAGAACCAUGUAGGAAGGUUACCGAACACAUUUCGGAAUCUAGGAGAUCAAGCUUACUGUUAGGUCAAAUCUCUUAGGUUGCUAUUGGGUUUAGACUUUCCCAGGGCCGGGUCCCAAUUGACCUCAUUUGGCCGUUCUUUUAUUGCACCCCAGUACUCCAAGCUUAUGAUAAAAAGCCUUGACCGACUACGAGUCCUUGUCCUAGACUGUAAUUCUGUGUUCUUGCUGAGCCUUUGCAUUGCAAUUUAUACUCGCCAG